AUGGCGGACGUAUCUGUUUUUCCUUCACCGUCGUCUCCGUCCCGUCGCUUGUCACGUGGUUCUCUACCAAUGCCACCCGCCUCUUCGUUUGGUCCACCUACUGGCCCAUCGCCUAACGGGCUGUCACUCCAACAGACUAGUGUACCGUCGGGUACAGGCGCUUCUGCACGGCGAGGCCGGCCGACGGAUCGCGUUGCGUUAAAUGUGGGGGGAAAGAUCCAUGAGACAACCGUUGAAACUUUGUUGAGUGUUCCAGAUAGUUACUUCACAGCUCUGCUGUCUUCUGAGUGGCGCGACUCGAGUCCAGGAGGAUCUCGCGGUCACGGAGAGCACACGGCCAUCUUUGUUGACCGAAAUGGAGACCGUUUCACCUACGUCUUGGAUUUCUUGCGGGACGGGGUUCUUUUGUGCCCGAAAGAGAAAAGCCUCCUCCAAGGUCUUCGGCUCGAGGCGAAGUUUUUUGCGCUCGAGCCCCUCCUUGUAGAAGUGGACCGAGCCCUGGAGCAGAUCGAACUGGAGAAUGCUGCCCGUGCGCUCCGCAUCGUCACCGCCCGAGAUAAGUGA